AUGUCUCACAUUCAAGCUCUCGUGUCAAGAGAAGGAAACACACCAUUCUGUGUAGGAUGGCUUGUCACUGGUAUAGUGCGAGCCCUCAAUCUAAAUGAAAGGCUUGAAAAUCUACCUUCUCUACCACCCCUUUUUAUGGAUAUCAAUAACUGCAGAGCUGGUCGCCUCAUCAAGGUAAGACAAGACGGAAGGUACAACCUCAUGGUGCGAAACAGGGAAGUUCGCAGUGUUAUACUGCCAAACAGCGAGAUCACUAGGAUAGACCGUAGAGACAACUGGAUCUAUGAUCUCGACGCACCUGCUCUUAGUGAGAACUUAAAGGAUAAUCAAAAUGAUGAGGAUAAUGUGGAUGAGGUCGAACAGGAAAUGGAUCAAGGAGAACCCCAGCCUGAUGAAACCCCCAACCCAAUCCUGAAAAUGUUACUGGACCAUCUGGACAUGAACCUCAAAGAAGGAAUCAACCAGUCACACUGGAUAACGUGUAUAGAGAGAUGA